AAAAAAAAAACACACACACACACACACAAUAAUUGCAUGAGACCUGCUUCGCCGCUCCACAAAAACCAUUGCAUCCCAACACCAUCCAAACAGCCAUGGGGGGCACUGCAACCAACAGCCCCCUCCAUGUGCUGCUCUUCCCCUGGCCAGCCUUUGGCCACAUCAGCCCCUUCAUCCAGCUAGCCCGCAAGCUCUCCACCACCGGCGGCGCCGCCAUCCGGAUCAGCUUCCUCUCCAUCGCCGGCAACAUUCCCCGCAUCGCCACCCUCCUCCCCUCCGACCAUUCCAUAGCCAUCAUCCCUCUCGACCUCCCUCAGGUCCCCGGCCUCCCUGCCGACGCCACCAGCACCGCCGACAUGACCCCUGCUGCUGCCGAGCUCCUGAAGCUCGCCGUCGACCUCACCAAGCCCCAGGUAGAGUCCCUCCUCCGCCAUCUCCGGCCCCACUUUGUCUUCUUUGACUUCGCAAUGCAGUGGCUCCCCUCCCUUGCCCACUCCAUGGGCAUCAAGUCCCUCCACUUCUCUAUCUUCGCCACCAUCUGCGCAGCGUACAACAUCGUCCCCUCCCGCCGCCUCCAUGGCCCCAACCCCUCCGUCGACGACCUGAAGAACCCUCCUGACGGCUUCCCCUCCACCUCCUCGGUCAGCACCAUCCCGUCCUACCAAGCGGCCGACUUCCUCUACCUUUUCAAGAGGUUCGACAAUGGUCCGUGUGUUUACGACCGCGUGGUCGCCUGCUUGGAUGGCUGCACCGCCGUUGUCGCCAAAACAUGCAUGGAGCUUGAAGGCCAGUACAUCGCUUACGUUGAGUCCCAGUUCCAGAAACCCUUCCUCCUCGCCGGUCCGCUUGUGCCCGAGCCACCCUCGGGGGAGCUAGAAGAACGGCGGGCAAGAUGGCUGGAUGGUUUCCCGGAGGAAUCCGUCGUGUUUAGCUCCUUUGGGAGCGAGACAUUCUUAAGUGAUGAGGGAGUGAAGGAGUUGGUGUUAGGGCUCGAGAUGACUGGGCUACCCUUUUUUGUGGUGCUGAACUUUCCCAAGAAUAGUGAAGGAAGAGAAGAGGAGGAGGAGCUGAGGAGGAAGCUGCCGGAGGGGUUCGGGGAGAGGGUAAAAGGGAGAGGAGUGUUGCAUAGAGGGUGGGUGCAACAGCAACACAUUUUAAGGCACAAGAGUGUAGGGUGCUUCGUGUGUCAUGCCGGGAUGAGCUCGGUGAUGGAGGGGGUGAUGGCAGGGUGCCAGCUGGUGAUGCUGCCACAGAAGGGGGAUCAGUACUUGAACGCAGCGUUGUUUGCCAGAGAUUUGGAGAUAGGAGUGGAGGUAGAGAGGAGAGGGGAGGAUGGGGUAUUUGGAAGGGAGGGAGUGUGCAAGGCUGUGAGGAAGGUGAUGACGGAGACUGGAGAAGAGAGUGGAAGGAGAGUGAGAGAGAAUCAUAGGAAAUUGAAGGAGUUCUUGAUGGAUGAGGAGGUGCAGGAGAAAUUUAUGGUGGACAUGUUGGAGAAAUUGAAGGAGUUGGCUAUCGCAUAGCUUUUUAUGGUGUGAUUGUGAAGUCGUUCAUUGCUGGCAAGCUGAAAUUACGUAAAUGCUUUAGUAAAAGUACAAAAAGAUCUCACGCGAAAUUAUAAAAAUGCUUAAGUAAAGCUCAAUAAUAUAACUAAAAAAAUCACUCAGCUGUUGUGCUGUGUUGUUGCUGCCCCUACGUAUUUGCAUUCUGUACUGUGCCAUAGAAUGAAGCCACAAUGAAAGGUGAAAGACAGUUGGAUAAUUUUUAGAAGAAA